ACGUAAUUUUUUAAUCAAUCAUAUGAUCAGUCUCCUGUGUUGGGUGUUGGUCUAGACGAUUGAAAAUAAAAAUAGUUUUAAGUUGAUCAAAUUGCUUCAAAAAAUAUGGCGAGUCAAACUCAGGGAAUCCAACAGCUUCUGGCGGCUGAAAAACGUGCUGCUGAAAAAGUGUCGGAAGCCCGUAAACGCAAAGCAAGAAGACUAAAGCAGGCCAAGGAAGAAGCCCAAGAGGAAAUCGAGAAAUAUCGUAAAGAAAGGGAACGCCAGUUCAGGGAAUUUGAAGCCAAACAUAUGGGUUCAAGGGAAGACGUUGCGUCGAAAAUCGAAAUCGAUACUAAGCGCAGGAUCGAAGACAUGAGCAAAGCCGUUCAAAGUCAAAAAGAACCCGUAAUUCAAGCGGUCCUACAGCUGGUCUACAGUAUUGAACCCCAACUUCACAAGAAUUUCCGCCAGUAAAUUCAGCGGCUGAAAAAAC